GCUGCUGCUGUCGUCUCCCUCUUCGCUUCCUGCUGCUUAUGUGUCUCUUGCUGAAAAGGGAGACAACAGAAAAGUGGACAUGCUCGUUAAAGACAUUUACGGAGGCAACUACGCAGCCAUCGGACUGAAGGGAGACACCAUUGCUUCGACUUUUGGCAAGAUGCAGCAUGCAAAGCUCAGGCAGCACAGAAGCCACUGCUGCAGCAGCAGCAUAAUCUCUCCUCCUGCUCCUGCUCCUGCUGCUGCUGCAGCACCCGCUGCUGCUGCAGCACCCCGUACUGCUGCAUCACCUGCUGUGGCUGCGUGUCCCGCUGCAGCUGCUGUAUCACCCGCUGCAGCUGCUGCACCCGCUGUUGCUGCAUCACCUGCUGCAGCUGCUGCACCCGCUGCUGCUGCAUCACCUGCUGCAGCUGCCGCGCCCGCUGCUGCUGCACCACCCGCUGCAGCUGCUGCACCCGCUGCUGCUGCACCACCCGCUGCAGCUGCUGCACCCGCUGCUGCUGCAGUAGCAGGUGCUUUGGAGGGGACUGCAGCAGCAGCAGCAGCAGCUGGGGAGAGAGUGGAAGACGCAGCAGCUAAGAGCGAGCCAACGUCGAAGCUGCUGGACUGCAGCAGCAGCGGCAGCAGCAGCAGCAGCAGAGGUGUAGAUAGCGUUGCGGCUGGGUGCCCAGCAGCAGCAGCGGCAGAGUGCUCUUGCAGCAGCAGGAGCUGCUGCUGCUGCUGCUGCUGCACAAACGACGGAGACUGCUGCUGCUGCAGCAGCAGCAACUGCGACGAGUUCAGCGACUGCAGCAGCUUGCUAGACCAUCCGACGCACAUUGAGUUUAUGUGCAGCGACGAGGAAGCAGCAAGAGAAGAGAGCUGCUGCGCGGCAGCAGCGGCAGCAGCAGCAGCGGCGGCAGCAGCACGAACAGCUCCGGCUCCAAUCCUAGCGAGCCCGCUCAAGGCAAAGACAAGGAAGCCAGCAGCAGCAGCAGCAGCAGCAGCAGCAUUGUUGCGUUCAAGGGCGAGGAUUUCUACGACCAAGUAG